CAUCCUGGCUGUUGGAGAGGCAAGGAAAGGAGAGAGGGGUUGUGGAGGGAAGCGGAACAGGAGGCCCGUGGGACGCGGGGGUCUGGGGGAGAGCAGGUAGCAGUGAGCUGCCCUGACAGCUGUCACUGCUCCUCAGAUUGUCAGUGGUUGCUAUGCAGCAGGUGCAGCCUGCCCUCUUACUAGGUCUUCACUCCACAAAGGCAACGACUGGCCAAGGCAGCGGCUGGCCCUGGAUUACACAAGUGCAGACACUCAACUAAGUGAGCUGGAAGACCCAGGGGAAGGCCAAGGCUCAGGUGCCCACAUGAUCAGCACAGCCAGGGUACCUGCAGAUAAGCCAGUACGCAUCGCCUUCAGCCUCGAUAAUGCCUCAGAUGAUACACCUCCUGAAGACUCCAUUCCUCUGGUCUUCCCAGAAUUAGACCAGCAGCUACAGCCUCUGCCGCCUUGUCAUGACUCCGUGGAAUCCAUGCAGGUGUUCAAACAGCACUGUCAAAUAGCAGAAGAAUACAAUGAGGUCAAAAAGGAAAUCGCUCUGCUUGAGGAAAGGAAAAAGGAGCUCAUUGCCAAGCUGGAUCAGGCAGAAAAGGAGAAGGUGGACGCCGCUCAGCUGGCCCGGGAAUUCGAGGUACUGAUGGAGGAGAACCGGACAUUGAAGUUGGCUCAGUCCCAAUGUGUAGAACAGCUGGAAAAACUUAGAAUACAGUAUCAGAAGAGACAGGGCUCAUCCUAACUUGCAACUAUUCAAUGUGAGCAUAAAAGGUCGGUGACUGUUGUGUGCUGGCCAAAAGAUUUUCAUUUUAAAGGGAUAGUGUGUAAAACCUACUGUUUCUUUCUAUUACCCACAUGGCAAACAUCUGUAAUGAAUUUAAUGCUUGCCAGAUCAAGUUUGUGAGAAGGGAGAUUAUAUUUUAAAUAAGAUGAUUAAAGCAAGCCUAUUGGCAGUACAUGUUUUCCGAGAUCAUAACUCACUUCCAAAGAUAUAUUUUUUUCUUAUUUACGAAGAUGUAAUCAGAGUGUACAUCAGGGUAGAAAAAGAUGAAAAUAGAAUAUUAACUGACUCCGCUAACAAUUGUGAACAGAAUUAAGCCAGGAAAACAAACUAGUAAGAUGCUCACUGUAGUUUCAUACCCGUGUAUUUUUAAAUUUCAUGUCUCGAAUAUUUCAACUAUGCUCAAACCUGAAGUCAGAAACUUCUGCACACAUUUUUAUGUUCACCAGAGUUAGGUUUAAUCCCUUAAUGAUUGAUUGUACUGAGAACAAAUGGUUGCAUAUCAUAAAAGAUUUCUCAUGAAAAUAUUAGCAGAAAGCAUGUUUGCGCCAAAAGCACACUGCCAGUGCUAACUUGCUGUUGUAAUAAAAAGCUGAUAAGGCUGCAUUUUUUUUUCACGCCAUGUUACCUGACGGUAAACAUCUCUGCCUUUGCUUGUGUGUGUUCUGGGGGCAUGCGGGAAAUGGAAAAGUAUUGUUUGGACGUUGCUUUGGUGAGUUCCCAUGAAAACAUGAGUAAAACUAUGACUAUGACUUUGUUUUGGAUUUAAGGAGAGGUUUUGGAUCAGUGAUAACUAAUAAGAAUAUAUGAGUAAUUUCAAGAAUAAAAUGAUUCGUCUCUUGUUCCAACUAUCACCAUAGUUCCCCAAACGGAUCUCUUUGUUUUAUGUCCAUUUCUGUUCAUGUAACUUCUUUUUCAUUAAACACGAAUCAAACUGUCA